UCCCUUUGCGCCGCUUGUGACGCCCGAGCCCUGAGCUUUCUAGCGGGAAGAGAAAGCGCUUUGGUCGGGAACUCGAGCCGGGGCCGCUGUGGCCGGCCAGUUUCGCGGAGGCCGCCCCUCCCUCCCGGCAUGGGGUUGCUGGAGCUGUGCGAGGAAGCGUUCGGCACCGCCGACCUCUACCGGGUGCUGGGCGUGCGGCGCGAGGCCGCGGAGGGCGAGAUCCGACGCGGCUACCACAAGGUGUCCCUGCAGGUGCACCCGGACCGGGCGAGCCAGGGCGACAAGGAGGACGCCACCCGCCGCUUCCAGAUCCUAGGGAAAGUCUAUUCCGUUCUAAGUGACAAGGAGCAAAGAGCAGUGUACGAUGAGCAGGGAACAGUGGACGAGGAUUCUGCUGUGCUCAGCCAGGACCGGGACUGGGAGGCGUAUUGGAGGUUACUCUUUAAAAAGAUAUCUCUAGAAGACAUUCAAGCUUUUGAAAAGACAUACAAAGGUUCUGAAGAAGAGUUGGCUGAUAUUAAACAGGCCUAUCUGGACUUCAAGGGUGACAUGGAUCAGAUCAUGGAGUCUGUGCUUUGUGUGGAGUACACAGAGGAACCCAGGAUAAGGAACAUCAUUCAGCAAGCUAUUGAUGCCAGGGAGGUCCCAUCCUAUAAUGCCUUUGUCAAAGAAUCAAAACAUAAGAUGAACGCAAGGAAAAGGAGGGCUCAGAAAGAGGCUAAGGAAGCAGAAAUGAGCAGGAAGGAGCUGGGGCUUGAUGAAGGGGUAGAUAACUUGAAAGCAGUUGUUCAGAGAAAACAAAAGGAUCGGCAAAAAGAAAUGGACAAUUUUCUGGCUCAGAUGGAAGCAAAGUACUGCAAACCUUCCAAAGGACGAGGGAAGAAAAUAGCUCUCAAGAAAGAAAAGAAAUAAGAAUUUCUCUUCACAGAUCCUUAGGUGUUAAUUGGUGUGGUGAAAAUUUGAAGGCAAAAGUCAACCUAACCCUCGAGAGAAAUUGUAUUUCCAGCCUAAAUUAUUCAGAUCAACUAAACCAAGCAGAAUCUUUUAACCUGAUCUUCGUAUUUCCUAGAAAUCCCCGACAUUGUGUGAAGUCAGAAGGAAUUUGGUGUUGAUAGUUGGGAGGGCAGAGGGUGAGGUGCUUCCUGACAGCACUCGCUUCCAUGGAUCUUCUGUACAUGGAACUCAGUCUGGAGUGUGGGUCUGUCAGUGCUGCUUUCAUUGAUGUGUGUGUCUAUUAGAACAGGUCCUCUACCUAGCUAGAACACUUUCAAAACACUUGCUGAACAGCUGUUUUCCAAGUACUUGCCAGUUUGCUUUGGUCUUAAUGGUUUUGAAUAGACCCUCUCUCUUGUCUCACUCAGCCACGUUUUGUACUGUUCUUGAAGAUUAGGAGAAACAGGUGUUUAAAUUACUUCAAGCAUUUUUGUAAGACAUAUGAUUAAAUAAAUAAA